AUGCUUCUUCUCGCGACCAUUGCGGCGGUUUUUGGCUAUGUUGUUCUUGUCGAGAAAUUGAGAUUCCGACGAAGGAACUCUCUGUCCCAAAAAUACCCCUAUCAAGAUCGCCAAUCCUUUGCCCGCAUGACCUUGGAGGAUGCUUUUGAGAUCCAGCUGUCGCUUGCCGAGCUAGAAUUUCCUAUCAUAUUCUCAACUUCUGUCUUCUUCGCCUUGUUCAAGACUUAUGGUAUACCCUCCAUAUCCAAGUUGCUGGUUGCGACUGGGGAACUUGCAGAUCCAGCAUCGUCAUCCAAAAGAGCUGCCGAUACUGGAGUACUCAUCACGGAGAUCGUGUUGAAUAAACCACGAUCAGAUCGAAACCUGGAUGCCAUUGCUCGAAUGAACUGGCUUCAUGAUCGUUAUCGCAAAGCCGGGAAGAUAAAGGAUGAAGAUAUGCUCUACACACUCAGCCUUUUUGUUCUCGAACCAGUGCGCUGGACAGAGCGAUUCGAAUGGCGAGCCCUCUCCGAUGUGGAAAGGUGUGCUUUAGCUGUCUAUUGGAAGAGUCUGGGUGAAGUCAUGGAUAUUCCAUAUGAGGUCUUACCCUCGGCUGAGUCAGGAUGGCAAGAUGGUCUCCACUGGCUCGAGGAGCUUGAGGCCUGGAGCAAGCAAUACGGCAAUGAGAAUACGGUUCCAGAUGAACACAACAGAACUUUGGCCCUUGCAACCCUCCGGAUCGGCUUGACCAAUGUGCCUCGGAUACUUCACAGCGUCGGCAUGAAAUUUGUCGCUGCCUUACUUGAUCAACGUCUUCAGCAAGCUAUGAUGCUAGAGGAGCCCACGUGGGUGAUCCAGACGGCUCUAGACAUGGUUGUCAUUUUACGAAAGUUCCUAAUCAGACACAUUUUCUUGCCUCGGCCUGAGUCCCUUCGAUCGCACUGGUUCACAUCAGAUGUGAAUGCUUUGGGAAGAUAUCAUUUUAUGCAGUACAUUGGCCACCCAUGGUAUAUCAAACCUACCCUAACACGGAGAUGGAACUUCAACUCAUGGGUGUUAUGGUUAACUGGAGGCUUUGUGCCUUCAAAAUACCUUACUGAAUACCGUCCUAAUGGGUACCAAAUUUCAGAGCUAGGGCCUGUGUCUUUGGAAGGAAAAGGCAUUGAUGAAAUGCAGAGUGACAAACAGAGAAUUGGUACUAUGCUCCAGGGCUGUCCAUUCUCACACCUGCAAGGAAAGACCAAUGCUCCAUCAAAAUCGAGUUCUCCAGUUGUCUCCAGGAAUAUGACACAGAGACGAGACGUCUUGGAGUGCGACCCAUAA